AUGAAACAAUGGCUUCAGCAGCUUGGUCACUCGAGUCCGAGACUGGACAGUUUGAACAUCAUACAUGUCGCCGGAACCAAAGGAAAAGGAAGUACUUGCGCAUAUAUCGAAUCAUUCCUUCGAGCGCAGGGGAAUGGUAGAUCGUUUCCGCGCAAGACUGGGCUAUAUACUUCGCCACAUCUGCUGCAGAUGAACGAACGGAUCCGCAUCAAUUUUGAGCCGCUCGACGAAGCUCGUUUCGCACAGUAUGUCUUCGAGGUCCGCGAUGGCUUAUCGCUUUACAACAUCAACCACGGUCCGCGCUUUCUUCAGUUGCUUGCUAUCAUCUCGAUCCACGCUUUUGUUCACGAAGGUGUCGAUUAUGACUCUACCAACUUCGUCAAGCAUCCAGUCAUCACUGCAAUCACAAGCAUUGGGCUAGAUCAUGUCUCCGAUCUUGGGCCAACUAUAGAAGAUAUCGCCUGGCAUAAAGCUGGCAUUCUCAAAGCAGGAGCUACAACGUUCUGUGCUCCGCAGGAACCAACUGCAAAGCAAGUAUCACUGAAGGUUGUUGGGAUGAAUACUGAGCUUCCUGGACAUUUUGCGAGCGAUGUUCAACGCCUCAAUUGCUCCUUGGCGCAAGCAAUAAGCGAUGAAUUCCUUCGGCGAACAGUACCGAAAGGACAGCUACCUUAUCUAUCUCAACAGGCUGUGGUCGACGGUAUCCAACGUUUUCAUUGGCCCGGGCGCUUUGAGAUAAUUCGGGCUGGUCAAGUUACUUGGUAUCUGGACGGAGCACAUAACGAGCUCAGCAUCACAGAAGCUGCACAAUGGUUCCAAAUUGCAUCCAGAAGUCAACAGCUCGUGACUGUGAAGCAGUGCUGA